AUGACACCAGAUCCCGAGACAAUUCGUCUACAUAUUCUCGGUAAUCCGCAAGUGCGCGAGGCUGUUCGACGGCAAAACCCGGAACUGGCGGAGGUGGCCAACGAUGCACAGCGCUUCCGUGAUGUCCUUCAACGACAACAACAGCGCGAGGCUCAGGUCGCAGCAGAGAAGGAGGCUCGAAUUGCGAUGCUGAAUGCAGAUCCGUUCAACCCAGAGAACCAGCGAGAGAUCGAGGAGAUUAUCCGUCAAAACGCGGUAACGGAAAACCUCCACAAUGCCAUGGAACAUCAUCCAGAGUCAUUUGGUCGCGUAACCAUGCUGUAUAUCCCUGUCGAGGUCAAUGGUCACAGACUCAACGCAUUCGUCGAUUCCGGCGCACAGGUCACCAUAAUGUCACCCGAAUGUGCGACCGCGUGCAACAUCAUGCGACUCGUUGACCAGCGCUAUGGGGGUAUCGCAAAGGGUGUUGGUACAGCAAACAUCAUAGGUCGGGUGCACUCAGCACAAAUCAAGAUUGGAAGCAUGUUUCUUCCAUGCUCUUUCACUGUUAUGGAAGGAAAGCACAUUGAUCUACUCCUAGGCUUGGAUAUGUUGAGGAGACACCAAGCUUGCAUUGACCUCAAACGAGGCGCACUUAUUAUCCAAGACCAAGCGGUCCCAUUCUUGGGAGAGGCCGACAUUCCCAAGCACCUUCAGGAAGAAUUCGAGGAUGAGCCCAUGAUCAAGGGAGCCGAUGGCGCCGAAGUCGGCGCCCGGACAGGUGCGGUCACGCAUCAGGCCAGCCGCAGCCAAGCAGCUGGUGGCUCCAACAUGGCCUCUGCGGCAUCCUCUUCCCGCCCAGCCCCGCCGCAGUCACGCUGGCCGGCGGACUCCAUCGCGAAGAUCACUGAACUAGGCUUUACGCGAGAAGAAGCCAUGCGAGCUUUAGACGCAGCCAACGGAGACCUAGACGGAGCCAUUGGAUUCUUGAUAUGA